AUGGAGACUAAACUGAAAACGCAUUUCCUUAGCAUUUAUAUAUGCUUAUUAUGUUUCUUCUCUUCAGUUCAAACUACAAGUGAUUCAAAUACAUCGAUAGUACUUUUAAAUGGAGUUAUAUACACAGUGGAUACGGACACAAACUGGCAUUUAAAUCCAAAGGAAGCAAUUGUGUUAUAUAAUGAAAAGAUAAAGUAUGUCGGGUCGACUGAUGAAGCGAAAAAGCUUAUUAUUCGCGGACAGAGUCAUGUAUAUGACUUACAAGGCGCGAUUAUCCUCCCAGGCUUCCACGAUGUUCACAUGCAUCCUUUAGAGGCCAUGUCACCAAUAGCAGGAGCGUGUAUACUGCCAAACCUUACACCACCAGAUCAUCAAAAAGUUACAGACGCGUUAAAUGAAUGCAAAGAUAAAACGGUUGUUGGAACAGACUGGGUUCUUGGUGCUGGACAUUCCGUCACAUCGUUAUUAGAAUAUGUCAAAAAGGGUGGAUCUCCAAAGCUUUUGUUGGACAAGUUUAUAAAAGACCGACCAGCAGCAAUGCUUGAGGAAACGUCGCAUUCCGCAUGGGUCAAUUCAAAGGCUUUAGAAUUGGCAAACAUUACAAGCGAAACACUUGAGAAGUCCGGUGGAGUAAUUAUGAGGGAGCCAGAAAGCAAUGAACCCAAUGGUAUUCUGUUUGAAAAUGCAGCAAUUGAAAUAUUUGCGCUUGCUACGAAUUCAUGUAAAGGAAAUGAUGACGAAUUGAUUUGCCAAUUGAAUAAUGCAGGAUUGUCGGAUUCAAUGUACGAAUUGAAUUCCUACGGUAUUACUUCAUUUUGUGACGCGAGGGUUUUCUGGAAGUUAGGACAUGACUACUCAUAUGAGAACGGGUGUGAAUAUGAAUAUCUUACCGCAAGGGCUGUUCUAGGUCUGUGGGCGUAUCCAAAUGCAAAUGACGCGGAUCAAAUCAGUAGUUUAAAAAAGCUUUACUCGAAUCCGUCUUCAAACACAAAAUGUUCGCUAAGGAAAACCCAAAUCAAAGUUUAUAUGGAUGGCAUUGUGGAGAGUACAACAGCAGCUAUGAAGGAAAAAUAUCUUGUUAAUCUCUCUUUGCCCAUUAUAAGCAAAGAGAACAUUGGAAUGAACUAUUUUGAUAAAGGUCGUUUAGUAACAUACCUUAAAGAGCUUCAAGAAUUUGAUAACGAAAACGAAGGAUUCGAUUUUCACAUUCAUGCGAUAGGUGAUCGUGGUAUUAAAGAUGCACUUGAUGCUAUUGAGGAAACUAAACAGUAUCUUAAAGUGAGAAAACCGAGACAUAGAUUAACACAUUUAGAAAUUGUAGAUCCGGUCGACAUAUCAAGAUUUGUACAGCUUGAAGUAAUUGCUGAUUUUCAAGUUGCUGGAGACUUCACGCUUCCCUCAGAACAUGAGACGCUUGCUGAGUUUGUAGGAGAAACAAAGGCUAACUUUUCUAUCCCUGUUAAAGAUGUACUUAAAACUGGUGCUACGACAACAUUGAGUAGCGACUGGGAUGUUAGCACUCUGAAUCCCUUCGUCGGACUGCAACAUGCCGCGCAAAGAGGCGAUCAAUCUGUAACCAUAAAGGAAGCUAUUGAAAUGUAUACUGUAAAUCCAGCUUUUGUCAUGAGACAGGAAGAUAGGGUUGGGUUUUUGUCAGAGGGAAUGGAUGCAGACCUUACUGUCAUCGAUCAGGAUAUAUUGAAAAUAAAUGUGGAAAAAAUCAAAGAUACUCAAGUCUUGCAAACUAUUUUCAUGGGUAAAAGUGUUUAUGAACUAAAAGGAAACGGAAAUUUUAUAAGAAACAUAACUUCAGAAUGGUAUGUUUCGUCGGCAACUGUAGCUUGGCCAAAUGUUCUUCAUAUAAUGGGAUACCUCAGCUUUUAUUUCAUCAUUAUGAUAACAAAAGAGUAA